AAAAAUUAAAAAAUACUUUCCAAAAGUCUACUAAUAAUUUUUUUUGAAAAACAUGGUCAAUAUUGAUGAUGGGCAUCGAAGACCAAUGUCUAUUGGUCGUUAGUUAUAAAUUUUCAUUUUAUUUAUUUAUGGAUUUAUUAAUAAUAUAAUUUUAAGGUCACAGUGAGACUUCAAGUCGGUGUCCAAGUACAUUUAUGUUUUGUUUUUUAUUUUUUGUUUCAAAAAUUUUUCUUCCUCCCAUGAGUUUGCAGUUGUACGUAGGUUCACCAAGUCAAUUGUCAGCCCAGAUACCGUAACACUAGUAUCUAAAACUUUGGGAAAACUAUUUCAAUUAUCAUUGUUCACUGAGCAAUACCCAGUCGCAUAUUUGGAACAUGGCUGAGUAUCUGGUUAGCUCAAUCCUAGAGCAGCUAGGUUCCAUCACUCGUGGAUGGUUAGAAGAAAAGGUGAAGCUGAUAAAGGGUGUUGAAGAAACAGUUGAAAAGCUCCAAAGCAAUCUUCAAGGAAUUAGGGCUGUGCUUGAGGAUGCGGAGAAGAAACAACUAAACGAUGCCAGUGUGAGGGAUUGGUUAGAGAAGCUCAAGGAAGUAUCCUUCGAUAUGGAUGACGUGUUAGACGAGUGGGUUGCCUCUAUUCUCAAAUCAGAGAUUGAUCCAGCGGAACGUGGUAAAAAUGAUGACGUUCUCUAUUCAAAGAACGAGGUUUGCUUUUCUAUGCCUUCUUGUUUUUGUUUUCCUCGGAUUAAGCGGUUGAGUCUGCGCCAUAACAUUGCCGUCAAAAUUAAAGAACUGAAUGACAGACUAGAUCUAAUCGCAAAUGAGAAGGAUAGAUACUCUUUUAACUCAGUAGAUGCCAGUAGUUUUAUUGCACAAACUGGGCGGCCACAAAGUACCUCCUUUGUUGCUGUAUCUGAAAUACAUGGCAGAGAAAAGGAUAAGAGCAUGUUAAAAAGCAUGUUGCUUAGCUACAGUUGUGAUGGAAGUGGAGGGCUUGAUAUCAUUCCCAUUGUAGGGAUGGGGGGUUUGGGUAAAACUACUCUCGCCCAAAUAGUAUAUAACGAUGACCAGAUCGUGGCUCACUUCGAUAAGAGAGUUUGGGUAUGUGUCUCCGAACCUUUUGUCGAGAUCAAAAUUGCUAAAGCAAUCCUUGAAGGUUUAGAUUCUAAAGAUGAAGUCUCAACUCAAUUGGAAACUUGUUUACAACGUGUUCGUCGAGAUAUUGAGGGAAAGAAAUUCCUUCUUGUCUUGGAUGAUGUAUGGACAGAGGAUGACCAAAAGUGGGAACAAUUGAAGCAGCCUCUUAAAUAUGGUGCUGCAGGAAGUAAAAUUGUUGUCACUACACGGAAAAAAGAAGUUGGAAUUAUGAUGGGAGCAUCAACUCGCAAUGGCAAGGUCGUUUAUCUUGAAGGGUUGCCUGAAGAUGACUGUUGGUUGAUAUUUAAGCAGCUGGCCUUUUUUGAGAACGAGGAAGAUCAAGAGCAUUUAGAGGAAAUCGGUAGAAAGGUCGUAAGGAAAUGCAAAGGCAUGCCUCUUGUUGCAAAGAUUUUAGGAAACCUCAUGCGCUUUAAGAAAUCCAUAAGCCAAUGGGAAGAUAUUCUGCACAGUGAAAUAUGGCAACUCAGAGACACCAAUACCAAAGUAUUCGCACCCUUCUUGUUGAGUUAUUAUGAUUUGUCUCCUUUAGAGAGACGUUGUUUCUCAUAUUGUUCCAUAUUUCCAAAAGGUUAUCCGAUAAACAACAUCGACUUGAUCCAAAUGUGGGUGUCUCAGGGUUUUUUAGGUUGCAGCACAUUCCCAGAAAAAGAAGGUGAGAAUUGUUUCCAAAAGUUGGCAAUGCGGUUUUUCUUUCAAGAGCUGAAGCAAGAGUAUGACGGAAGUAUAAGCUGCAAGAUGCACGAUAUAGUUCAUGACUUUGCCCAGUUUCUUACCAAAACCGAAUGUUUUAGCUUGGUGGUUGAGGGUGUUGAAGAGAAAAGGUUUGGAGAGGAUGGCAAGGCCCGUCAUCUCACCUUUGUAUUGCCUUCAGAGGCCACAUUUCCUACCUCAUCACUGCACAAUGAAAAGAAUCUGCGUUCGCUUUUCAUCUCUGGUGGGGAUACAAGUACUGAAAAUACCUCAAGUGCUCUUGGUUCAUUCUUACGACUCACAAGUCUCCGGACAUUAUAUUUAAGCCGAUUAGAGAUUAUAGAGUCGGAUAUUGGGAAGAUGAUGCAUUUGAGAUAUCUCAAUUUGACUACCAAUUAUUACUUGCCAGAGUUACCUGAAAGUCUCUGCGAUUUGUGUAAUUUGCAAACAUUAAGAGUCAACACCCCUACUCUUAGAAGACUGCCUGAAGGGAUAGGGAAACUAAUUAAUCUCAGACGUUUUAAUGUUGAGGAAUGUGAUUUACUUGAAGGGUUCCCGAAAGGAUUUGGAAAACUAGCUAGUCUUUUUGCAUUGGACUGUUUGGUUGUGCCCGAGGAAAACAAAAGCGCAUAUUUCAACAUGGAAGAUCUGGAGAAGCUAAGAAACCUUGUACUUCAAGGGUCUCUUUGUAUCAACAGGUGUCGAAACUUAGAAAUCGAGGAUGAGGUGAAAAAGCUAAAACUCAUGAACAGGAAGUACAUUGGCAUUUUAAAGCUACGUUUUGGACGGAUUAAGGAGCCACAGACAAUCGAAAGUGAUGUUCACAUGCUGGAAGCUUUAAAACCAAAUUCAAACCUGAAAUCUUUAGAGAUUUGCGAUUUCAUGGGAACCACAUUAUCACCCACAUGGAUUACAUCGUUAACUAAUCUUAGAAGUCUUUCCCUGGAGUGUUGCUCUAGCUGUGAGACAUUAGAAAUUCCGUUGGGGAAAUUGCCACUUCUUGAGUCAGUCCGUAUAAAAUAUAUGGGAAAUGUGACGAAGGCUGACUUUGUGGGAAUGUCUAAUACAGAUGCAGAUACAGAUGAAGAUAGCAGCAUGGCUAAGAACAAUACUUUAUUCCCAAAAUUGCAGCAAUUUCUUUUAUAUCGGAUGAAUCGAUUGCGAGAAUGGAUAGGCAGUGGUGCAGCAGCAGCAGCUACUACUAGAAAUAGAAAUUUAACAAUCAUGCCAUGCCUCCAUUCCUUAGAAAUUGUAGGUUGCCAUCUACUUCAAGAACUGCCAGACUUCAUUCAGAGAAUACCUCUGCAGAAGCUGACCAUCAGGGAGUGUCGAUUUCUCUCAAAUGCUUGCCAAAUUUGGGGAAGUCAGUGGUUCAAGAUUUCUCACAUACCAAACAUUCAAAUUGAUUCCAAGGUUGUGAAGAAGCAAACCAAACAUUCUGCCGAUUCAGAGAAAACGUUUUUCUUCAACCGUGGAGAAAUUGUGCCCGAAGAUGAGCUUGUCUAAUGAAAAACAUGCUGAUAAAGUUUUCAACACUCGUUUCUAUGAACUUGAAAGGUCAAAGAGAAGGAUGUUCUGGAAAAAGUUGCUUUUGCCUAGUGAUGGCGUUUCCACCCAAAAUAAAGAGCAUGAAGAGCAAUGAUUCUUCUAGCUCUUCUAUAUCGUUUCUUUAUCCUUACUGUAUGCUCUUCUAAUUUCAUCUCAUCCUUUAAAAGUGUCUAAUGAUUAUUAGUUUACCCUUCUUCUUUUCGAUAGAACAUAUUUACAAACUUUAGAUAGCUUCUUAUUUGCAUGCCUAAUUGACAAUUAAGUUACGAAGGUCAAUCACGAUUGCUUUUGGUAGGUAUAUUCAUAUGAUAAUGAAAACAUUAAGUAUGAGUUUUGUUUUAUCAAGAUUAGGCGAAGCAUUAUACUU